UGGGACCGGUGAACAGUUAGCGACCUACGAUCGAGAGACAGGAAAGGUUACUGUAGCCAGCUACCUCACAUAUCAAGCACAGAAAUGUUUACAUUCGGCAUAACAAUAGUCCGGCAUGGCGAAACCCAGUACAAUAAGGACAAGCUGCUUCAAGGUCAGGGUGUAGACCUGCCCCUGUCUGAGACGGGGGUGCAGCAGGCGGAGGCUGUGGGACACUACCUCAGGGACCUGAAGUUCACCAACUUGUUUGCCAGCGAUCUGCAGCGGGCCAAACAGACGGCAGAUAUCAUUGUGAAGAACAAUGUGCACUGCUCUGGCAUGGCAAUCGUCUCGGACCCCUUGCUCAAAGAGAGGAGUUUCGGGGUUGCCGAAGGAAGGCCGGUGGAUGACCUGAAGAACAUGGCGAAAGCUGCCGGUCAGUCUUGCCCCAGUUUCACGCCCCCUGGGGGGGAGACGCCAGAGCAGGUGAAGCUUCGCAUUCAUGAGUUCAUGGCGGCCCUGUACCGGCGCAUGGCGGCCGACCACUGGCGGGACGGGGAGAGCGCCCCGGCCGGGGGGACCGCGUCGGGGGCGGGGUCCGGGACAGACGGGUGCCCCUGCGGCCAGCCUGACGACGGGCUCCACGGCGUCGCCGCCCAUGCCCUGGUGGUCAGCCACGGCGCCUACAUGCGCCUGGUGGUCCGCUACCUGGUGGAGGACCUGCACUGUUCUGUACCCCACAGUUUGAGGACCUCCCACUUGUUCUCCGCCUGUCCCAACACGGGGGUGUGCAGGUUCGUCUUCACCCUGAGGCGCGGCGACGGCGGACUUGCGCCCGCCUCCAUCCACUGCGUCUUCGUCAACCGGAAGGACCACCUGAAGACCAAAGAGGGGAAAUAGCAGAGGGGCGUGGGGCAGGGAGGGGGACCCAGAGCACAGAACUCAAAACGCCGCACCUGCACACAGGGCUGUGAACACCAACUUUUAUCUCAAAACUUUUCCAGUUGUAAUUCAGUACAUACUUACCCCCCAAAAAAUGAAUGUUAUCUGCUUUAAAACUUUUAACUGAUGCAUGGAUAAAAUUGCUGACCAUUACAGAAAAGAUAAAGUCAUUUGAAAUCAACAGGAGCUCUUCCAUAGCUUAGCAUAUCUGUCAUGAAGAAUACGCAGCGCUGCUGUCUAAUUAGCAUGUGAUCAUCCCAGGAUGGUAGAUUCCUCCAUGCAUGAAAUAACUCUAAGACACCAGUGAAACCACAGUGAAGCUUCAGCAUUUCUUUGCGAGUCAUUCAGAAAUGCACUUUUUCCAUGAUCAAGCUGAAGCAGAUCUUUAUAUAAAAAAGUUUUUCAUUAUAAUAAAAAAAAAACAAAAAACAAAAAUGCCCCUGCAGGUCUUUUUGAGGAGAGGCAUUGUGGUUUUGCUCGGUAUUACCAGGCAGUCAGGCCUUCCCUUUCGGCCUCACUGCCUUCAGAGAGAUGGCCUCGCUCCCAGAUGCAGGGCCUCCCUGGUCAUUUCCUCUGUGGUGUACAGUGGUCAUGUGCUCAUGUUGGCUAAACACAGCGUAUCGUUUCCAACCUGGUCGAUCAUUGUGUAGAAAACAAAUCGAUGGAUCUUUUUUUUUUUUCCCUGAAGGUCCAGCAUGUGGCAGUCCAGUGGGGCUCCGGGUUGCAAGUCUGUUUAAUGAGAUUGAGACGUAACUGCAAAUGAUCCGAUCCGAAUGUAUUUACGAUGCUGUGGUUUGUGAUGACAUGGCAUUGUGGGGGGUGUGUGUGUGGGGGGGGGUUGGCUGUUCAUAACUGAUACUGUCCUCCUCUGAAUGGCUGUUGCUUGUUGUUCCAGACUAGAGCACAUCACAGGCCAAUAGGGCACACUCCAGAAGAGAGAGCCAUUUUGCAUCCUAACAGCCACUGUACUACUCCCCACCCCAUCCAAGGUUGUCUAGUCAAUCAGUCAGUAGGCUAGUACAGUAGGCUCUGUCUGGUCACAGAAACGAGUCCUUAAGGCUGACUUGAG